GUUGAAUCCGCAUGGUAAUCUCUGGCGGGUCUUUUGAAGACUUGGGACUGCACUGCGUCCUCUCUCUCCCUCUCCCUCUCCCUCUCCCUCUCUCUCUCUCUCAUAUUACUAUAAACUCACCAAGUGAUGAAACAAUAAUAAGGCUAAAGCAACGCCUUCAAAAUCCUUCUCAAAUUUCUGAUCAAUUUAUUCUCCACCCAUCACUCAACACUCCCGCCGCUGAAGCUCUCCGAGUUUUUGAGUAUUCGAGGGUAAUGAAAUCGUGGGGUUUCGAGGAUUCUUGGGUUGGAUUCAUGAAUGUGACAAUAAGGAAAGGAUUGUCUCGUUCAUGCUCUGUUUGGUUGCCAGGAAAAUGCAUGCAGGCGACGAGAAAAAAGCAGGAAAUUUUUGGAACGUCAGUCAAUGUCCAGAAAACUAUCUUGUUCUAGCUGCAGGCCAAAGAAAAACUGUCAUCAAAUUUUUCUUUGGCCAUCAGUUUUUCUUUGGCCAUGAGAAAUACCAGAACAAUAGAAAAAAUAGGCCUUUUCUGUCUCCAUCUUUGCCAAAUCCAUUAUUUUCUUGCUUACCAAACACAGAUUCUGGCAGCUGAGUUUAUGUUUUUCCCUUCAACCCAAGUAAUGUUUCAACACAAAAGUCUCUUCAAACUUUGUUUUUAGAAUAAAAAUAUUGGGAUUUCAGCAGAAAUGGAGAGCUUCAAGUCCCCAUUCAGGGGUAUUGCAAAUGAUGUCCGAGGAAGAGCAGCAUGCUAUAAACACGAUUGGGUUGGAGGUUUUCAGGCAGGAAUCGGGAUUCUCGCCCCAACAACCUACAUCUUCUUCGCUUCAGCUCUUCCUGUUAUAGCAUUUGGAGAGCAACUGAGCACAGAUACAGAUGGAAUUUUGAGCACGGUAGAAACCUUGGCCUCUACUGCUAUUUGUGGUAUAAUACACUCGAUUUUUGGUGGACAACCUCUCUUGAUUUUAGGAGUCGCCGAACCCACUGUUAUUAUGUACAAUUACAUGUACGACUUUGCCAAAGGAAGGAAAGAAUUGGGGCCGGAGCUGUUUUUGGCUUGGGUUGCAUGGGUUUGGGUCUGGACAGCUCUUUUCCUCAUUCUUCUUGCACUAUUCAAUGCUUGUGAUAUCAUCAACAGAUUUACGAGGAUUGCAGGCGAACUUUUUGGCAUGUUGAUUUCUGUUUUAUUCAUUCAAGAGGCUAUCAAGGGUAUAGUGAGUGAAUUCAAAAUUCCCAAAGGCGAAGAUCCAAAGUUGGAGACGUAUCAAUUUCAGUGGCUUUACACAAAUGGACUGUUAGGGGUCAUAUUUACUUUUGGACUACUGUAUACUGCUUUGAAGAGCAGAAAGGCAAGGUCCUGGUGGUAUGCAACAGGAUGGUUCAGAAGUUUCAUUGCAGAUUAUGGAGUUCCUUUAAUGGUGUUGGUAUGGACUGCAUUAUCAUUUAGUGUCCCACACAAUGUCCCUCCAAGAGUUCCCAGAAGGCUCUAUAUCCCUGUAGCUUGGGAUUCUGCGUCUUUACACCAUUGGACUGUCAUCAAGGAUAUGGGGAAGGUUUCUCCUGGAUACGUCUUUGCUGCCAUUAUACCUGCUGUGAUGGUGGCUGGACUUUAUUUUUUUGACCAUAGUGUCGCUUCACAGAUGGCACAACAACAUGAGUUCAAUCUAAAGAAGCCGCCUGCGUAUCAUUAUGAUAUCUUGUUGUUGGGAUUCAUGACUCUGCUUUGCGGAUUGCUUGGGCUUCCUCCUUCUAACGGGGUUCUGCCACAGUCACCGAUGCACACUAAGAGCCUUGCUGUUCUUAAGAAGCAGUCGAUACGAAGGAAAAUGGUGAAGAGUGCUAAGGAAUCAAUAAAACAGAAAGCUAACAACUCUGAAAUCUAUGGGAAAAUGCAAGCUGUGUUCAUAGAGAUGGACAACUUGACUACACCUACUUCGGAAGUUAAAGAGCUAAAUGAUUUGAAGGAGGCAGUUAUGAAGAGUGAAAAUAAAGGGGAGGAUACAACGGAUGCAUUUGAUCCUGAGAAGCACAUUGAUGCAUACUUGCCAGUCAGAGUUACUGAGCAAAGAUUGAGCAAUUUGUUGCAGUCGCUUCUUGUGGCAGCAUCAGUUUUUGCCAUGCCUGCCAUCAAGAAGAUACCGACAUCAGUUUUGUGGGGAUAUUUUGCUUACAUGGCCAUUGACAGCCUUCCAGGAAACCAAUUCUGGGAAAGGAUGCUACUACUCUUCAUCUCCCCUAGCCGACAGUACAAGGUCUUGGAAGGGGGCCAUGCUUCCUUUGUGGAGUCAGUGCCAUUCAAAUUCAUAGCCAUAUUUACACUCUUCCAGAUUGUUUACUUGCUGGUCUGUUUUGGUAUUACAUGGAUCCCCAUGGCUGGAAUUUUGUUCCCCUUGCCUUUCUUCCUUCUCAUAUGGAUAAGACAGCAUCUCCUCCCCAAAUUCUUCCAAUCACAUCACUUGCAAGAGCUGGACUCAGCUGAAUGGGAGGAAGUUGUGGGCGCCCCAGUACGCUCUCUCAGCCUCAGUUCUGGGAAAUCGGAAACUUCCAACGAAGGUGGAGUGGAGAUGUGUGAUGCUGAGAUAUUAGACAAGCUAACAACCAGCAGAGGGGAGCUGAAGAUCAGAGCGAGCUUCAGCGAAGACAAACGAACCAGCUUCAGUGAAGAUAGACGCGGCCAGGUUCACCCUCAGAAUUUAGGCCAAACAGAGUGAAAUAUGAGGCAAAAAGGAUAAGAUAUGAAGUUAUCGUUGACAUGAGAUUUGAUUUCAGUAGUAGUUACAUGUAACAGAAGAAGGUUAGUGUAAAAGUGAAUGUUAUGAAGAAGAAAUUCUGCAUGUUAAUUAGUGUUAUGGUUGAGGUUUGAAUUGGUAGUUAUCAUAUUAUAUAAAUAUGAACCAGUUCCAGAUGCAUGAUGCAUUUUGAUGAAAAACAGUUCAGAUCAGGCACCUUAAUAACACUUUUCACUAUUUCUCAA